GGGUCGCUCCCUGCAAUGUGAAAAGUUUUUCUUUAACAUUAAAGUCGUAUAAUUCCUUUGUGUUUGUCAUAUCAUUGAGUCAGGUGUCUGGUGUCACAUUUUAAUCUUCCAAAUUGAAUGCACAUUUUUUACGCCCACCCUAAACAAUGUUUACUAACGGUAUUGUGCGCACUUCCUGAACAUUUUUUCUGGGGGCGUCAGUGGUGGUGGCUAUUCUGUACUUGUACAAAGUGAAGGGGUUCAUUUUCACCAUUUCCACGUAAGACCAAUUUAACAGAGCAUACGCACUAAAGCAGAACUUAGACAUCUGAAAAGGGAAAUUUUGUUCCUGUUGAAGAAGAGGAGGCGCUACAAUGUUUCCCUCGGGGGUGGGGUAUGAUACAAGCCAUCAGAACCGAACUUAUGGAGUGGCCAACCCGGGAUACGUCCAGACAGCAGAGGGGGCGCCUGCAAUGUUCGCCCCACCCGCAGCUGACUCCCAGGGCCCCAGCGCUCCUCCGGCCAGCAUGUUUGACAGUGUGCCUGGCUAUGAAGGAACAGUGGCAGGAGGAGGAGGUGGAUUUCUUCCUCCUCCGAUGCCUACUCACCCAGUCCCUCAGCCUGAACCUGGGCCUCAACAACCGCAUUGGAAUAUCCCGUCCAUCAGUGAGGAAACAGCCAGGGAGGCCUUUGUUCUCUUUGCCUCCAGCAAGUGCUGCUACAACGCAUCACCAGCAAAGGAUGGUGUGAUAACCAACAUGGAGGCAUUUAAUACGUACAGGUACCGCCUGGAAACCUUCACUGAAUCGAGAUCUACAGAGUGGAGUCAUGAGCCAUACAGCGGCCAGCCAGUGGAUGCCUUUGCUCAACCUCCUCCAGGGCCGUGGGAUAUUCCUGCCAAGUCCCCAAAUUUUUUCAUGGACGACAAACAGAUCAUCAGGGUCCCCAACACAUCGUCUCUGAAGAGCUGCCAUAGUUGUGUUGGAAUGGGGAGGACACCUUGCAAAGACUGUGCCGGUGCUGGAAAUAAAGUCUGUUGGGUCUGCAAUGGAUCUGGUUUUCGCCAUGGAGAUGACCGAUGCCACCAUUGCAGCGGUAGAGGGAGGGAAAAUUGCACCCGCUGUCACGGGCAAGGAGCAAAGCAAUGUGAAACGUGUCAUGGAAAACAGCAGCUUCUUGUCUACAUCAAGCUCACUGUGAAAUGGGCCAACAGUUCUGAUAACUAUGUUGUGGAACAGUCAAGUGGACUGCGGUUGGACAACCUGAGUAAGGUGACUGGGAAGGAGCUUUUCAAGGACUCUCAGUACAUGGUGUACCCAGUGAUGGGCUUCCCAGAUGCAACAGUGGUGAAUGCUGCACAGCGCCUUGUAAAUGAACACCAGUCCAAGUUCUCCCAGACGUCACGCAUUCUACAACAGCGUCAAACCAUAGAGCUGAUCCCUGUGACCAAAGUGACCUACUCAUGGAAAGGGAAUUCACACCUUUAUUUUGUUUAUGGGAAUGAGUUCCAAGUCAACGCAGACAAUUAUCCUGCUACCUGUUGCUGCACUAUAAUGUAAUUGCAAUGGUUGCAUAUGAAGGUAUUUUUAUCCGAGAUCAUUGUGUAUCAAAAAUAAAUCAGUUUUACUUCAGUUUUCCUGAUAAAGGGGAAGUUCCCUGACAUGAAGGCAUUUGUGUCCUUGUUAAAGCUUUCUGUCCAGUAGAGGUGAACAGAGGGAUUUAACCAUUGAACUCCCCAGUUGGCAGAAGAGCUGAUGAAACCUUUUUUCAAAGGGAUCUUCAAGGCUACACAGAAAGUUAAUAUACUUUUGAGUCACUACUGUACGGAAGAGGAUAAGGGCCGCUGAAAAAUGAAUUCUAUAUUUUUUAAUAUUCCAAGGAAGUGGGAAUUCUGACUUUAUUUCUAAGAAUU